AUGCCACCGAAGUAUACAAUGUCCGACUCUGAGUCUGAAGCUGACGGUGAGGUGCUUCACACUCCCUCUGACCAGACUCUUGAGAAGGGCCUUCGGGACCAAGUGGCUACCAUCUUCAAGUCGGGAAAUAUGGAGGAAUUGACUGUGAAACGCGUGCGACUUGCCGCUGAAGACACACUAGGUCUCACAGCGGGGUACUUUAAGUUGACAGGUGACUGGAAAGCGCGCAGUGAGAAUAUCAUCAAGGACGAGGUGGAAAUACAAGACCAGGCAAUUCAAAAUCCUCAAUCUCAAGCCUCCGAAAUGCCUAUUUCUCCUCUAAAUCCCAAGCCCAUUGCCCUUGCGAAGCGAGCAAACCCUGAGACCGCGCCAAAGCCUAGGAAGCGCCAAAAGACCAGGACACCGGUGUCCGAUAAGGAGGAUGAGUUAUCGGCCCCGUCGUCCGACGAGAGUGACGUGGUCACAAAGCCUAGAAAUCGAUCAAAAGCACCGAAACAAAGGUUACCAGCGAAGAAGGCCUCCGUACGAAAACCCGAGAAAGAUGUGUCAAACGCUUCUGAUUUUUCUGAUAAAGAUGAUGUCACAAAGCCCAAUAAACCAUCAAAAGCGCCAGUGAAGAAAAUUUCACAGGCAAAGAAUCCCUCCGUAUCAAGACCUACAAAUGUUAUAUCAGACACUUCCGAUGUUCCCGACAAUAGUUCAGAUGCCGCCAAAAAGGCCAGAGGUGCCAAGGAUGAUUCCGAAAGUGAGAUGUCGGUGGUGCUUGACGAGGAGCCUCGGCCCAAGGCCCCACGCAAGCGACAGAAAAGUGCCGGGGGAACUGCAACUAAGACGAAGAAGGCCUCAAAAGGCAAGGAUGAGGAUAUCAGCCCGGACCAGGCUGAAAUCAAACGACUGCAAGGAUGGCUUAUCAAAUGCGGGAUCCGUAAGCUGUGGGGUAAAGAGCUGGCGCCGUACGAUACCCCCAGGGCCAAAAUUAAGCAUCUCAAGGGAAUGCUGGAGGAUGCUGGAAUGACUGGCCGGCCAUCUCAAGAGAAGGCGAACCAGAUCCGCGAAGAACGGGAGCUGAAAGCGGAUCUUGAGCAGAUCCAGCAAGGUGCAAAACAAUGGGGUGCCAAGAGUGACGAAGAGAAUGAUGAGGAUGCGAAGCCUCGGCGUAGGUUGGCUCGGGGACGACAGUCACUUGCAUUCUUAGAAAGUGAGGGCGAAGAGACUGAUUGA